AUGCUACUAUGCUUAAGUUAUAAAUGUUCAGGAGAUUCAGUUGAUUUAGCUGUAAGAGAUAAAGAUCUUACUGCACUCAAAUAUUUACAUGAAUUAGGGUAUAAAGGUACAAGUUAUGCAUUUGAUUAUGCUGCAUUAAAUGGAGACAUUGAAAUUAUUAAAUAUUUACAUUCAAAAGAAUAUAAAGGUACAAAAGAUACACUUGAUUUCGUUGAAAUAAGUAGAAGUCUUAAAGCACUCAUAUAUUUACAUUCAAAAGGAUAUAGAGGAACAAAUUGGGAAUUAAAUGAAGUACUCAAGUAUUUACAAUCAUUAGGUUAUAAAUGUUCAAAAGAUACAGUUGAACUCAAAUAUUUACAUGAUGAAUAUAAUGAAAAUGAAAUGAUUAAUAAAGAUGAUAAAAUGAAUGAUGAUGACAUGAGUGAUGAUGAUGACAUGAGUGAUGAUGAAUAUGAUGAAGAUAAAGAUGGUAUGAUUGAUUAUGAUCUAAAUGAUAAUCUAAAAAAAUAUGGAGCUUCAGAAGAUACAUUUGAUGAUGUUUUUAAAAAAGCUGCUAAAAAUAACGACCUUGAAUUAAUUAAAUACUUGCAUGAAUUAGGGUAUAGAGCUUCAGAACUUGAAUUUGAUGAUGCUUUUAAAAAAGCUGCUAAAAAUAACGACCUUGAAUUAAUUAAAUACUUGCAUGAAUUAGGGUAUAGAGCUUCAGAACUUGAAUUUGAUGAUGCUUUUAAAAAAGCUGUUAAAAAUGACAACCUUGAAUUGCUAAAUUAUUUUCAUGAAUUAGGGUAUAGAGCUUCAGAUUAUGAAUUUAAUUGUGUUGUUAAAAGUGGAAAUCUUGAAAUGAUAAAAUAUUUAAUUGAAUUAGGGUAUAAAGGUUCAGAACAUACAUUUGAUUCUGCUGUUGAAAGUGGAAAUCUUGAAGUAAUUAAAUAUUUUAAUGAAUUAAUGCAAAAAGCUUCAAAAUACACAAAUGAUAAAGCUUUUGAAAUAGCUGUUAAAAAUGACGACCUUGAAUUAAUUAAAUACUUGCAUGAAUUAGGGUAUAGAGCUUCAGAUUAUGAAUUUAAUCAAGCUUUGAAAAAGCUGUUAAAAAUGACAACCUUGAAUUGCUAA